GAAGUAACUCAGAAGCAGUAUUCAGUACAUGCUCCAUCAGAAUGGUCUAUCAGGCUAUAUCGUAAAUUUUCAUUUUCUUCCCCCAUCACUGGUUCUACUCAGUUACAAUGUUUUGAGCAAGAAAAGUCUGUAUUGGCUUACAAUGAUGGGACUGUUCACACAAAAAUUCUGUACACAUCUCAAAUUUUCUGAUAAAAAUAAUUUCAACUAACAAACAGUAAAUUUACCAGAUGCUGUGUUUACAUCUUAUAUUCUAAAGGAUCUGGAUUUCAGUGGAUGUUUCCUUCCUAUCACUAUUCCUGUUGCAUCUCCCGUUGUUGAGAAAAAUAAGACUGUUUUUAAGGAUAUACUCUACAACAAUACAGCUUGAUAGUGUCACUGUCAUCAUGAAGUAUGCCAUUGGUAGCACUGACAGUGGAAGUGCGUGGUGCGUAAUAUUUACUUCGUUUGAUGCGUAUUGAUUUGUAGCUGUUGCUUGAAAUAUGUUUCACUUUCGGACAAGUGCAACUUGCAAUGUUAAAAGAGUGCUGGACUGUGCGACAACAAUAUAAAGUUUGAUCAGUAUGGAGCGCCAUAAAUCACUGCCUCUAGUAUGUGGACAAGCGCUAGCUGCAGAGACGAAAUGGUUUACCUGUUGCCUACCUGAAUAAACGUAUACUGUUUCUUCAGCUAUGUUGAUAAGCUGAUGCGGUAUGACAAGACUGAACCAAAAUUUGUUGGUUUUGUCUAUAUUUUGUGCAAUGUGUACGAUCGUGUUCGUACAUUUGUUUAUAUUCCCUGUCUAUCAGGCGCAACCGAAGAAAAAGGUAAUGAAAUAUUUGGGUGAUUACGAGCAGUCGCUUUGUACGUACAAUCUGAAACUAUCACGUACACGUUCAGGAAGGUAUCACUGUCCGAAAGAUGGCAUUGUUACUGUUUCUCAAGGUGGUCGCCUUGGAAACCAGAUGUGGGAAUAUGCUUCAGUAUGGGCAGUAGCAAGGAGAACAGGAUUGGAACCGUAUGUACCAAGGUGCAUUCGUAAAGUGCUUGACGAAAUAUUUGAUGAUCUCAGUAUACCACCGCUUUUUUAUGUCUCCCAUUGCCCAGCAAAAUGGGAUGGAAUUAUCAAGUCCCCAGAUUGGUGGAUGUACACAAACCAGAGUAUUCUUUUGCCUAGGUUUUCCAUUUUGCCAGAGCUAGUGCUUUCGUGGGUUGACGACAUCAGACAUGAAUUUAAGUUUAAGAAGAAAUAUGCAGAUGCCAGUCAAAACGUUCUUAGAACUGCUACACAAUUGAUGAACAAUAGCAAUUUAACUUUUGUUGGUGUUCAUGUGAGGAGGACAGACUAUCGGCAGUACCUAUGGAGAACACGAAAAAUGAAUUUAGCAGGUCCUGAAUAUUUUCAUAAUGCAAUGGGCUAUUUUCGUGAGAGGUACAGGAGUGGUGUUGCAUUCUUGGUGGUAAGUGAUGAUCCGAGCUGGUGUCGACAUAACCUGGUAAAAGAUCACACUGAUGUAUUUGUUGUGAGCAAAGCAGGUGUCACCAGCCCAGGUCAAGACCUUGCCACCAUGGCUGCUUGCAACCACUCAAUUAUAGACUAUGGUACCUUUGGUGUAUGGGGUGCAAUCUUGGCAAGUGGGGAAACUAUUCUAUAUAAUAUAACUAAACAUUCAUCUGUACGUGUGUCUGAAUUACUUCCAAAUUGGCAUAUAAUGAGUUAGCAAUUCUGAUACAUGUCGAUGAAGUUGGAGGUUUAGUUCAUUCCAUAGAAACUUGAGUCUUAUAGCUAUAUGGUUGUUGGAUAUGAAGUAUAAUCUUGUAAUGUGAUACCUGAAGUGUUCAAAAAUCGUCUUGUAAGCUUUAUUUUUCUCUAGUCAUAAAUACAAAAGUAACUUAUGUUUGGGGCCUAUAUAAUAUGUAAUUUGCUAAUUGUAACCUUUUUUCUCCACUUGCUUGGAGGUGUGCAUCAGUUUACUUGGCUGCUGGCAGGUAUUGGUACUUGGGGAUGUGAAGAGAUUGUUUGCUAUGCUGAUUUGUACAUUUAUGUGAUAUUUUUAUGUUUGAUUCCUUAUUAUAUUUUUGGAUGCUGUUUCUUUUUAAGUAUAUAUGCUUUUGUAGAAUCUAUAUUAGACUGUUGACAUAUUUUCUUAUACUUAUCGUACCUUCCAAAACUGCCUACUCUUACUGUAUCAACAACUGAAAGUAUGUAUGUUGUGGUCUCUGCUAGAAGAAGAUGUUGUUUGUACCAUUAAAAGUGCAGAGAAGAAUGAAAGAGGCUUUGUCCAGAGAAGAUAAGGUACCAUUUUUGAAAUAACAAUUGUGGUUAUUGGUACCAACACUGCAAAAUAUACUUAUGAGCUGUACACCACUUUGCUUUGUUUUGUAUGUUUACUUUGUGCAAUCAAGUAUAAUCAAGCAAUGCAAGUAGUUGUUCAGUGGAGUUAUAAUCUAAUCAGAAAAGUGAUUCAUAUUAUACAGAAAAACAGUAUAGGAUAAAAGGGGAACAUCAAUUACAACUUAUGGUAAAAGUUACGUGUUGGACUCCCCUUGCAUAUUUCAAUAUGGCGCAGAUAUAAACAUUAGACUUCACUACCAAUUAAUUUGUUACCACAAUCUUCUAAUUCACAUUCAUUGGCUUCGCCAGCUCGCAACCAAAUUCUCCUUCCAACCUGACCUAGACUUAGGCUGCACUACAGAUUGGUCUGUCACCACAACCAAGAUUUCAGGGAAAGGGGAGGAGGGGGGGGGGGGGGAUGUCCAAUACGUAAAUAUAGCCCAGCUUAACUGUGAGUCAUAAUCUGAUAUUAUGGAACGUCUGACACCUGUUUGUUUAAAUGAUUGUUGUCCUAUACUUUUUUGGGACCAAAAUUGAUUAGUAUAUUUAUAAAUAUUUGUUAAGCAAUGUACCUGUUAUAUUGAGAACAAAAAUAUAAAAAGAGAUUGUUUUUGUUGUGACCAUGAUUUAAUAUGGUGAAGGUAAAUGGAAAAAUAUGUGAGACAUGAUUCACUUCAAUUGUGUAAGUGCUGUUCAAAUGAGAAAUUGUUAAAUAGAGGAGGACCUGACUGGAAAUAAUAUUUGAGAUUAGUCUUUCAAUAGGUAAAGGGUGCUGAAUGAAGUGAACUGAUAUGAAUUUAAUAAAGUGGAAUGAAUAUAAGUAGGCUACUAAGUAAUUUGAAUGAUUCACUGUCAUAUUAUUUCAGUCUAAACAUUGACUGCAGUGACAAUUCAAGAAAGGAAGAUGUCAGUAUUUCAUUUAUGUGUGCAUUAAAGGUCCCAUUUUGUUGUGCCACAUAUCUUGAGAAAUACCUGAAAUGCCUGGAAAGACAUCUUUAUUACCUCUAUCUUUUUUGGGUUACGUGAAUACUUAUCUACCAACAUUACUGGUACUUUUGGCUCCCGUCAUUUUUUCUGUCCCACUGCCCAUCCCUAAUACUGAAUUUUGAGGUAUAAACUUUUAUUACAAAAUGGUAAGAUAGUUUUUAUUUAGACAAAACAUUGUUAUCAUAGAUGGAGAAUUUAGCACAUUUUGAAUUGUCAAGUGUCGUGAAUGAAUGAAUGUGAAUUAUGAAAGAAAUCACCAUUUUUGUAUGUAAUGAGGAAAGCUAUUUUUUUUUUUUUUUUGUCUUUCUAAAAGUUUCUAUGGAUAUGAUAUAACUGAAGUGCCAAUAUUUACAUAAAAAAUUGUGCCAAUAUGUACAUACAUAUCCAUGAAGAUUUUUAUGGAACUGCAGGUACUAAUCUAAAAUUUGUUUUUUUAUUUCAUUUAUUUAUUUAUUUAUUUGUUGAACUGUUUCACAUGUGGUGUGUAUACUAACACUUAAAACAGAAUUAAGUCAUGUUAGUUUAAUAGUGCAACACCACAACAUUAGUGAGUAUUUUGGUAAAAACAAAAGGCUGCUACCUUAUGUUCCAAAUUGAAGUUAUUUUUAUGUAUUGCAUUCUGGUAGAUAUGACAAAUGUUUAUUUGGUUUUAUAAAAGAAUUACAGAUUGAGUAUAGAUCAUACAACAUGCUGUAAGUACUAAUGGAAUUUUUGUACUUUAAACGUGGGAAUGCAGUGCUUUUUUGACACAAGCUUCAAAUAUCUAAUUGGCCAUCCAGAUUCAAUUGUACAAUGGUUCCCCAUUAUUGCUUGAGGUGAAUACCAGCAUUGUGCCUUCUAAGCUAACAAGCUUGUGCUCAGUCUCUGCUGACCAAGUUAUUGAUGGUACAUUACAAUCCUAAUUUUCCUUUACCUUAUACAAGUUUGUUUAAUUGUCUUUAAUAAAUCCUAACUUUAUUUACUGUUCUCUAUCAAAAUUCAAAUCAUCUGCAUAUAUUACUUAGCAGUGCAUUGCCAGUAGUUUGUGCACUUAACUAACAAGACGAGGCCAUGAUGGAAUCACAGAUCUAUAUCUAUAUUUUUGUUUCAUCACUGGUCACAUUAUCUAAUUUAUACAACAUUUGAGAGGUAAUACAGUGAAAAAAAGCCACUUGUGUUUUCAUUAAGUUGAAUUUCAUAUCUUAUUUGACUUUUUAAUAUUUGUAAUUAAGUUUUCAAGGAUGAAGGACAGGCUGUGAAAACCCAAGUCAGACCUCGAUAAAUAAUGACACAAGCGAUGUUAUUCACAAUCAGUAAAAAAGUAAGUCAGAUUGUGCCAGACCACAAGAGUAAUGUACAAUUACUCGUUGGAUGAGCUCUCGACAUCACAUAUUGCAGAAUGAUAUUUGUUAUGCAGCCAUGGAAAACAUAAAUUGAAACUUUGUUCAAAUACACACUAUGGUUUUAUUUUCUUUUUUCAUUAUAUUAUCUCUUAAACAUCAUAUAAAUUAAAUAAUAUGACCAGUGAUGAAGAAAAUUGAUUAAUCUUCAGUGGGGCACAACAGCAGGUGAUUCACAGGUGCACGGAACAAUUUCCCAAGUUGGCACAAAGUAAUUAUGAGAUGACAAAGCUACAGUUGUUUGUGUCUUCCAUUCUGUCACAUACUUCAAACCUUAAAAAUAUGAAUUUGAAUGAUUUUUAUCACAUUGUAAUUGUAAUUGCCAACAGGAAAUUUUCUCCUAUAUUUGAUGUUGCUAAAUUUUUAUGCGAUGUCAGCCGUCUGGUGUACAUUUUUAAACAAAAUCGGAACACAUUGUCUGAAAUCUGCAUAAUAGGAAUAACCACAUUUGAAUUGUGAUUGCAACAAAGUUUCAUAUUUCUCAGUUUAAACCAAUGGUUGACAAAAUUGCUGCUGGUUCAAAGUCUCACAGUUGCUGCAUAUGUAAGGAGGCAAAGAAAAUAUUUUUUAUUAUAUGUAACUUUGUGUGUGCUGAAGUUUUGGGUAAUGUUAUCUUGUGAAAUGUCAUAUAUUCACUUAACUUUUAUCAGUAUGUCACUUGCAAUGAAAGCUCGCUGUAUAAAGUUGAUGACGACUUGGCAGCUAUGAUUUAUGAUAAAAUAAAAUGUGAUUUGAAAUCCAAGAAGAAGGGGGGGGGGGGGGGGGAAGAUUUGAUUGGACCUGUGUGGCACUGUAAGUAAAACCAGAGGAAUUUGUCUUUAAAAUGGCUCAGAGCGAUAAAAAAUAAAUUUGUUUGUACAAGUGUGUAAAGAAGAGUAGUACUUUCAGAUUUCACAUUCAUUCAUUCCACCAUGGAUUCUAUUUGGGUCCAGUUGUAGUUGUCAAAGAUAUAACAUUUUCUGCCUACCAAAGACUUUGUAAAUAUUUAAUAUGACUAAUACUAAUGACACAUGCUGGCAAGAAAUGUAUUUACCAGCAUAUAUUGAAAACCAGUUUUCUAGGAGAUUAUUAUUGGUAUGACAUAAAAGUGAAGUUUGUUGCCAGAGUGUGGAAGCCAUCCAUGUUUGGUUGAUUAUUACUUACAUUACUGAUAGCCAUUUACAAAAAAAAAAUGCAGUUUUUAAAAUCAUUUCAAAGAACUUUCUUCCAUUCAUAAUUUGAAGAAACUAGAGUUUAUUGAAACUUUAAUGUUGGGCUCUGGUCUGAAGAAAACUGUUUUGUACUCUAGCUCUAUAGACCAAAUCAGAUUUGUGUGUAGUAUUUGUCAUUACUUAAAUCAUAAAUGAGCAGUUGCUUAUGCAUGUGUUUUGAUCAUAUGUACCUGUUAAGUAAUAUAUAUAUAUUAUAUAUGUAUAUAGUAUGUGUGUGUGUCCAUAUGUUGACAUUUUUUCACCAUUACUGGUUAAGGAUAAUAGUCAUUAUUUAUAGCUUGAAGAUACCAAAAUAGCCAGUAGUUUACAUUAGUAAAUGGACAGUAUAGAGAAUUGAUGUGGCCAGAGAUUGCUUAUUUACCCCCAAAAUUUUCUUUGAAUUGUUGCACAAGUUUAAUUUUAAAUGACUUUUCCAUUUGACCUUCGUUGUAAUGUCUUUGCAUUGUUACUAGUCUAUGUGCAUUUAAUAUGUAUAACUAUGUAUUUCAUGAGUAUCUGCAUUUAUUCUGUGCUAGGAAUGAAAUUGUUAUUAUACAGUCAAGGGGAAAUAUGUAUAUAAAACACAAGGAUAUAAGUAUAAAAGUUUGUGUGUUGAAAGUUUUGUGAUGACUGCUUUUUGUCAUUGUGAUUGGUUUUUGUCAGUGUGUAGGUUACAUAUGAAAUUUUGGAUAGUAUUCUCUAUUUGUGUUUUGAGAAAGAGUUUUGGUGUGUACUCUGAAGACAGCAUAUGGACUUGAACAUAUAUGUAAGGCAGGAUAUGUAUAACUAUAUAUUAUUUUCUUUGUGACAAAGCUAAUUAAUUUUAACUUUUGUAAAAUCAUACACACACAUUCUUUGCUUGUCAUUAUGACAAAAAAUUUUCACAUCUUAGCUGAGAGUUAACCUAUAGCAAGAAAGUUUAUAACUAAUGUGUGUAGCUAAACAACUCAUAUUAUGCAGAAAGUAAUGAUGGGUUGGCCAAAGUAGUUGUUGAGAAUGCAGAAUGAUAGUAUCCUAAGAAUACAUAAGUAUGCUCAGGUCUUUCAGAGAGGUGGGAGAGACACUAGAUCGCGUGUUGGGAGAGAGAGAGAGAGAGAGAGAGAGAGAGAGAGAGAGAGAGAGAGAGAGAAAGUGUGAGUACAUGUGUGCUAAAAAGAGAAAUCUUUCAAGUGUUAAUAUUAAAUUAUUGCGAGAGUUAUUGCAGAUUGUACCUGUCCUAUGAGAUCUUACACUGCUUCUUAACCUCGUGCAUUUAUUCAAGAAGCAUUUCAGUCUUAUAAAUUUGUGUAUACUGACUGAUUUUUCUGUGAAAAUUGUGAUACUAGUGAAGUGUUGCACUUAUUUACCUUGCUAGAAGGCGUACUGUUAUGGUGCAGUUGUACUUCUGAUCCUUAUUUAGUUGUUUAUUUUUGAUAAAGAUUCCAAAAUGGAAAUAUUUUAAAUAAGGACAUCAUAAAUUUAAAUUAUAACAUUUAACUUAAUAUUUUCAUACUGAAAAAAAAGUAUAUCUAUUUCCAGAAACCUGAUGAAGUAGUAUCUUCCAAAUUUCACAUAAUGUACUUAGUUUUUAUUAUUCUCCCUUCCCAUGUGUGUCAUCUGAUGUUCAAUAGUGGAGGAUAAUAAGCUAUCACAUAAUUUUUGUCAUAUUUUUGUACUUGUACUUUAUUCACAUAAAUGAUUCUCAAUUUUGUUGUAGUGUGUGAUAGGCACUAUUACAGAACAGACAAAUUUUUCUUUUAAAAAUGAGGAAUUACUGUAAUACCGUUUCAAACAUAAUAUUGUUUGUGUUUUUGUAUUUUGACAUAAAGGCUUACAAUGAUUUCAGACCAAAGCUUAUAGGUAUUUUAGAGCAUUCUUAAAGAUUAAAUGUGAAUUACUUUUGCCUGUCUUGCAUUUCUGAAGUUUCCAUGUCUUGUUUUGAAGACAUCAGAAGCACUGUAAUGCUGAUGAGUCACUGUUACAUAUAUUUUUAUUCUUUUUUUAAUUUUUGUGAAUAUGUCCUGUUAUUUUUUUUUUUUGUGUGGCUGCUGCCACACCCACAGAAAGUAACUGUAUCUGUUACAGGCCGGACAUCUCAGAAACAGCAAUUUAUUGUUGUACAUUCACAGAUUUAUUGAAUCACGGGACCAGUUGAGAGAGAUUCUGUCUAAAACAAAAAAGCUAAAAUAAAAGAGGCUUUCUGACUAACUACAAUCUCUCUCUGUAUCUUGGUUUAUGUCUCUGUCCAUUUGACAGGGGCAAAAUCUGAGUGACACAACUUUUUCUGUGAGUGAAAUUAGUCUAUGACAGAUUUUUGAAUCAGCCUUUAGUGUUAAUUGGUAGCUGACUCAAUAUAAAUAGAUGUAACAGUGGGAAAUAUUGUCUCAUGAUCUUUAUAUCUGAUGAAGUUUCACCUUUUUCAUUGGCCCAAAUGCAAUUUUAUCUGUAGAGCUAUGUGAGCACUGAUCAGACACUGACAUCUGAACAAGCAUUGUAUCAUUAACAUUUCUUAACUUAUUGAGUCAGACACACCUGUAGAUCCAGCUGCAGUUGCUGACCUUAUCUAUAAGGAGCACAUGCAUGCAAUAAUAUCAGUUAGUUUCAGAGAUGAAUUACGUAUCACACAGUGAAGUAAAACAUGCUCCUUGCUUUAUAUAGAAACAUUUCUGCAGAACUGUUCUAAUGUUCAUUUUUACUCCUUCAGUAUUAUUGCAUCAUUAACCCAUUUCAUUAAAUAAGUAUCACAUGAUCUUACACAUGUAUGCCAUUGAAUUUUUAUUUUUGUGACAUAUAUCUCUAUGUCUACAGCUUCUCUUUAUUAUGAGCCAAGACUUCCCUUGUGAUAGUACCACCUGAUUGUAUCAAAGGAAAAUUGAAUCAAGAAAAUUAAUAAAUUAUGUGACAGAACUGUUGGCCAGUACAUACUGUAUUGAGGCAGAAUGAUUAGUAUGGCUGAUAGACACAUAAAAAGUUAAGAGUGAGAACACUACCUGGCUUUUGAAAUUGUCUUUCCUUGGGAAGGAGAGAGGGAUAGCUUGGGGAAGGAUAAAGAGGAAAGGCAUGUUACUUGGCCCACAGGAUGAGAGGGUUCCACGUGUAGUGCAGCCAAGCACUGCACCCUACAAUUACGGAGGAGGAAUGGAUGCCAGAAAAAAAGAGAUGAACAUCAUCAAUGAGCGUCAUUUUGUCUACCCUCAUCUUCUCUGCAUGUGGGUCUGUGUCAUCCUGGGAUCUGAGUGACCUGCCCUUCCUUUUAAUCUUCUCCAACCCACCCCUCUCUCUUCUGCGAGGAUGGAACUAUUAGUUCUGAAAGCUAGGAUUGUGUUGUCACUUGUACAUUUGUAUUGGUAGUACUAGACAUUUUGACUCCUGAAGUAAGUACUAAUCUGCAGUUUUCUCUCAUAUGGAACAAUUUAAACCUUCUACUUCAGUAUGAAAAAAUGUGCUCUUCAUUAUAAAUCAUAGAUUUAAAGAAAGAAAUUUGCUACAGUUUGCUGCAGUUGUAAGAUUUGGGUUACAUUUUAACUGAACGGAUUACUGUAAAAUGUGAGUGUGGAACUGGCACUAUUAGUUAACAAGAAGCUGUUGAUGUUUGUGAACGUUCCA